GACUAAACAAGUAAAAAACUAGUUUAUCCUUCAAACUACAUGUUAAUUUUGUUACGUAAAAUGUUUUAUAGAUAAAUCACAUAAUAAUACUAGAAUUUAAAUUUAAUACAAGAUUGAAUCAAAAUGAACCAAACGUCUUACUACCUAAAUAAUUAAUUAAUCAGUAGAAAAUUAAUCUCAAUCUUAUUUAAUCCAAACUAAUUCAUAUUAGUUAACCGCACGAGCCCUAACUAUCUUGAUCAAACAGGGCAAAAAGUGAAAACUAUUAUUUUCAACAUUUUUUUCCGGUUAGAUUUUUGUUUGAAUCUUUCAAUUUUUGGUACCAAACGAGCUUUUUAUAUUGCAUUGUCCGUAAUAAAAAUUUGUGAUACACAAAUCCGGUGUAUUUCACUUGAUAUAACAUUUAUAAAAUCGUUUUAGUUCAAUUAAUUAGUUCGAUUUAGGUAUAUAUAACUUGCAAGGUUUGCAAUUCUUGUCCAAUGAGGAACAUUUUGAUAUCAGUUUAAAAAAUAUCCCCAUAGCCUUUUGCGCCUUCAUUUGAUGAAUUCCGAAGAUACCCUUUCUUUUGUACCGAAAUUACAACAGUCUGGAAUGGUUGAAUGCAUGUUCCGCGUGCUCGUUUAACCACAGUUAGAAAUCACUUUAACUCCGGUACAAUUUUCUACUUAACCACGGUUUAAUACUCCGGAAUCCGCACAUAUAUAAAUACCCGCCCCGACGCUUUUCAUAUCCCGCCAGUUCAUUCAGCUCACGAAUUCCCAACUCCACAACAAACUUUCCAAAGUUCAAAUUCAAAAUUCUCGUUUCUCUCUCUCUCUCUUACUCUCUCUCCUCUUUCGUCAAGCAGCAAUGGUGGUUGCGCAGAAGGUGAAGGAGUCGGAGAUCACAGAGCAGGACUCGCUUCUAUUGACAAGGAAUCUGCUGCGCAUUGCUAUAUUCAACAUCAGUUACAUCAGAGGCCUUUUUCCGGAGAAAUAUUUCAAUGACAAGUCUGUUCCAGCUCUGGACAUGAAGAUUAAAAAACUUAUGCCUAUGGAUGCUGAAUCACGUCGACUCAUUGAUUGGAUGGAGAAAGGUGUUUAUGAUGCUUUGCAGAAGAAAUAUCUGAAAACACUCUUGUUCUGUGUCUGUGAGGCAGCGGAUGGUCCAAUGAUUGAGGAGUAUGCAUUUUCAUUCAGCUACUCUAAUACUGACAGUCAAGAGGUUACUAUGAACAUCAACCGUAGUGGGACAAAGAAGGGAGGGACGUUCAAGUAUAACUCCACAACAGAGAUAACUCCUAGUCAGAUGAGGAGCUCAGCAUGCAAAAUGGUCCGUACGCUAAUUCAACUAAUGAGGACUUUGAAUAAGAUGCCAGAUGAGCGCACUGUACUGAUGAAGCUCCUGUAUUACGAUGAUGUCACGCCAAUGGAUUAUGAGCCACCUUUCUUCAGAGGCUGCACAGAAGAAGAAGCUCAGAAUCCAUGGACUAGAAAUCCCUUGAAGAUGGAAGUUGGCAAAGUGAAUAGCAAGCAUUUAGUACUGACUCUGAAGGUUAGAAGCGUGCUUGAUCCUUGUGAAGAUGAAAACAACGACAAUCAAGAUGACGACGAGGUUAGCUUGGGAGCUGAUUCUGUCCAAAAAGACGAUGAUAGUGAUUCAGACAGUGAGAUCAGCAAUUCUGACGAUGAUCAAUACAUCGUAGCACCCAUAGAGAAAAAUCAGUUUCAAGAAGAUAAUGUAGCAAUUGAUGAAGACGGUACUCAGGAUCCUGCAGAAGAUGAACAACAGUUGGGAAGAAUAAAGGAUUGGAUCAGCUCAUACCACCUUGACACAGUUGAACUUACUGAUGUCCUCUCAAAUUUCCCUGACAUCUCAGUGAUCUUGAUUGAAGAAAUUAUGGACAAGCUCGUGAAGGAAAGUUUUAUAUCGAAAGGUGCAGAGGAGAGUUUUAUCAUUAAUAACAGAAAGAAGUUUGACUACGAGUUUGAUGCUGUGAAAGAAGAAGUCGAUGGACACGUGGUAGCACGUGAUGGAAAAUACGGAAAUUCGAAUGUAGAUCACAUGUACAUGAAGGCUUUAUAUCAUACACUUCCAAUGAACUACAUAACAGUGGGAAAACUUCAGAAUAAACUCGACGGUGAAGCCAGCCAGACAACAGUUCGCAAGCUAAUUGACAAAAUGACACAAGAUGGCUUUGUUGAGGCCAGUAGCAACCGCAGACUUGGCAAGCGUGUGGUCCACUCCGAUCUCACUAAGAAAAAGCUGGUCGAAGUGAAGAAGCUUUUAUACUCAGAUGCUAUGGACCUGGAUAAGCAGUCCAACCAUCCGGAACCCGAUACUGCUGGAAACAAGAACAGGGACUUAUCGACAUGCGGUGGGCUCCACUCGAUCGGAUCAGAUAUCACACGAACAAGAGGCAGAUCCGAUGCAUACAUCAACGGCUCUACCAGGACUGAACAAGGUGUUACCAAGAAAAGAGAACAUGGUGGGAAUACUCCGACUAGCAGGGCUGAGCCUGCAACUUCUAGAGAGAGUUUCGUGCCUGGUGCUGAUAACGACAGAGCUAAUGCGAAUAUUAACCAGGGUGAUGACAUGGACGUAGUCAUGGAAAGCAGGCCUACUCAGGACAAACGGUUCAGAAAAACAAGCACGGCCAAGGAUCCUAUUUUGCAGUACUCAAAGCGCCAGAAAUCUCUAGCUGUCUGAAAAUUAUCGUCUUGUGCACAAAAAGAAAAGAAAAUAUAUGUAUAUAUAUAGAGAGUUAUUACUGUAUAUAUUUCGUUUGGUUCGAAUUAGUUGCAGUUAAAAAACGGGACUAGAGUUGCAAUGUGGCGUCGAGAUGUUAUGUUAAUAAGGUGGUAUCUAUGACUUUGGAUCGAGUUUUGUAGAAUGCUAAUUGGUGGCAUUUUCACCACUCAAACUGAAUAUUUGGUGUUAUAUAUGUUUUGUUGAUAGUAAUUUUUGCAUUAUAA